AUGGGCCACCGGAUGGAAAAUGAUUUGAGGUCUAUGAAAUCUAAAAGACAAGUAUCCAUUCAAUCAAUGUUUAUCUCAGCAUUUGCACGAAUUAAGGAGAAAGGAUUGUCUUCAAAUUUUUUCACAACUCGAAUGGAUAAGCAAAUAGCAUCUUGGGCUUUUGUGAGCGACCUUAUUACCAGCUGUGAAUAUUUCAAAUACUUUACUGAUUUCGAUUAUUAUAGAGAGUACAUUUACACAGGUCUUCGUGUUUUUACUAAACCACAAAUAGAUAACUCUAUUCCAUGUUGGGAGUAUAUUUUAACAUUAAGAACAUUGACAAACAAGAGCGACAUAAUAUCACUACAACGAAUGGUUUUUGAUUGGGCCAUUCUCAGACCGUACAAAAAUGAUCCAUAUACUGUCAUUCUCAACUUUUUGCAAUCCACUUCGGACAUGCUUGCAAAUUUUAUGGACCGUGGAGAAGCUGAGACAGUAUCACUACAAGUAGCUUUGAAUUCUAUUUUUGAUGGUAUUACUGAUUAUUUGAAAUGCAAACUUUCAGUUGAAAGAAGAACCAACUUCAUGAAAAAUCUGAUCUUUCAUUUAAUUCAGGGUAGUUUUAACAACUCCACCAGCUGCAUGGCAAUAUCUAUUUUUAAACAAUUUAAACAAUAUUUUCAACCCAGUUACAGUGAUCUCUUUCAACAACCAUUGCACAAAUAUAUACAAGUUAGAAGCAACUGGAUUACUUCCUUUCCUGUUCCUACCAUCAAUACCGACAACCAAUUAUUAUUGUUGGAAUAUUUCUUAAAUUCACUUUCAUUUUCGACAGAGUUCCUUCUCAAAUUCACUCUAACUCGGAAGAAUGGAGCAGCAUUUGCCAAAAUAGGAUUUUUAUAUUAUGCAAGUCCAAAUGCAAAACCAACAUGUGACUUUAUCAAAUACUCAAGGAUUACGGAUGUAGAUGAUAUAAUUCGGACAGUCUUGGAGUGUCGUAAGGUGUACGAAAAAUUUGGAAAAAUGAAACGUUUUGAGAAAGAUUUUGAACGAAGAGUCAACGAUUUAUGUUUCAGUAACGAUAUAAUAAUGAAAUUAUUCAAGUUGCGAAUAAUUUCCAACUCCUUCAGAGACAAUUAUAUCAAGGACAUGUUAUAUUCUAAUUGGAAUCGAGACACAAUUUCUGAUUUUGAUCACACAUUAACAACCAUAUUGCAACAAACACAAACCAUGCUCUCUGAGUACAACUUUCAUGAAGAAACAACCUGCACGAACAAUUCCUUAGAACAGAUCAAAAUUCCAUGCAAUUACUUGACGGAACUUCAUUUCGAUUAUUGGGAAUUAAAAGAAUCUGCGGAAAAAUUUCCCAAAUCCAUACUGAACCAAAAAUCCAUAGAAUUUAAACGAGUAGGACACGAUUGUUUAUUUCAGUCUAACCCUGUGGGUUUACUCUUACUCAGUCUUCGAGUAGUAAAGAAGCACGACGCUGACGCCUUACAGAAAGCAUUGAAUCAUGCAUUCUUUACUCAGUUUUGGAAUUCAACAGUGACAGUACCAUAUUUGUACGACUGUUUGUAUCCACAACCUGUAGCCAUUGGAAAUGAAACGAUCUAUUGCAAGGAGAACUCGUAUGGUGACGAUUAUUAUCGUCGAGUGUAUUUGAAAAAGAUGACAGUGAAACAAUUAUUACAAGAGAUUUUGGAACAGUCUCAUAUUCUUGAAAAGAAGAAAAAACCCAAUACAACCUUGUAUUAA